GCUGCGCUCGCGCAGAUUCCCGAGUGCUAGGAAACAGCCUUCCCUACGCUGCGCGUGACGCCUCCGCUCGCCCUCUGAUGGAGCGCGAGGGACGCUCCCUAGUGCGCACGCGCUCCGAGUAGAUGCACGCGCGAGCCAGCCUAGCUCUGUCCCGGGGGUGAGAACGAGGCGCGGUUGCCCCGCUUGGGGGAAGCCGUAGCCGCGCGCUCGGAGGGAAGCGGAGCCGGCGGCGGCCCAGGCUGGGGGAUGUUCGUGGCGCGCCCCAUCGCGGCCGAUCACCGCGAUCUCAUCCACGAUGUCUCCUUUGACUUCCACGGGCGGCGCAUGGCGACCUGCUCCAGCGACCAGAGCGUCAAGGUUUGGGAUAAAAGUGAAAAUGGGGAUUGGCGUUGUACAGCCAGCUGGAAGACACACAGUGGGUCCGUAUGGCGUGUGACAUGGGCUCAUCCUGAGUUUGGACAGGUCCUGGCUUCCUGUUCUUUUGACAGAACUGCUGUAGUGUGGGAAGAAAUAGUGGGAGAGUCGAAUGAUAAACUUCGAGGGCAGAGUCACUGGGUAAAAAGGACCACUCUGGUAGACAGUAGGACAUCUGUUACAGAUGUGAAGUUUGCUCCCAAGCAUAUGGGUCUUAUGUUAGCAACCUGUUCAGCAGAUGGAGUAGUGAGGAUAUAUGAAGCUCCAGAUGUUAUGAAUCUCAGUCAGUGGUCACUGCAGCAUGAAAUCUCAUGUAAGCUAAGCUGCAGUUGCAUUUCUUGGAAUCCAUCAAGCUCUCGAGCUCAUUCUCCGAUGAUAGCUGUAGGAAGUGAUGACAACAGUCCAAAUAUACUGGCUAAGGUUCAGAUUUAUGAAUACAAUGAAAACACCAGGAAGUAUGCAAAAGCAGAAACUCUUAUGACAGUCACUGAUCCUGUACAUGAUAUUGCAUUUGCUCCGAACCUGGGAAGAUCCUUCCAUAUUUUAGCUGUAGCUACCAAAGAUGUACGAAUUUUCACACUGAAACCUGUAAGGAAAGAAUUGACUUCUUCUGGAGGACUAACAAAAUUUGAAAUUCAGAUAGUAGCUCAGUUUGAUAAUCACAAUUCCCAGGUCUGGCGAGUGAGCUGGAACAUUACAGGCACAGUGCUUGCAUCAUCUGGUGAUGAUGGCUGUGUUAGACUAUGGAAAGCUAAUUACAUGGACAACUGGAAGUGCACUGGUAUACUGAAAGGUAAUGGGAGUCCAGUCAAUGGUAGUUCUCAGCAGGGAGUGUUUAAUGCUUCUCUAGGUUCAGCCAAUACAAGCCUACAGAAUUCAUUAAAUGGAUCAGCUGCUGGCAGAAAACAGAGCUGAUAUCAACCUAACUGGAGUAACUUUGCUGUUUUGCUGCUUGUUGCAUGCACACAGGAAUGGAAAGAGAACUUUUUUCCCCUCCCCAACGCCGUUUGACCUCUCCCAAGACACCAGCAGCCUGAUAACUACUAAACGCAAUUCAAAAGGCCUGUCUAAAAAUACACUGUAUACCUUUUUGUACUAGCCAUUGCAGUUUGACACUGUUGGAACUUCUGAAAGAAAAAUAAUUGGAGAGGGUUCUUGUUGAGACAGAUUUCCACCACAAAUAGGUCCGUUUCCCCCCCUCGUCCCCCGAAAGCUCAUGAAAAUUACGGACUAGUGUAUGGGUUAAGAGGAUUUGUUGUCCUUAGCUGGGGUGUGAGGAGGGAAAAGACGGCUUAAUGACCAUUAAAGUCAGCUAAUUUUCAUUAAAAUUGUUUUGAGUGUUGAUUUGUUUUACAUUUUGCAGUGUUCAAAUAUAUAAUUGAUUCCUAAACAUUACAGCUUUGUAAUUACUUUGUAAUAUACUGAAACUGUUAGUCUUAAAGAAAUAAGAGAACAGUGUGAUUUGACAACUGUACAAAUAGUAGCUUAAUUUAAUGUGGCAUUGCUUCAUUUAUAAAUUCAAACUACUUCAAAGAAAUGUUUUGUAAGUGCUGUCAUACUUUCUUCAGGCUCACUAAAAAUACUUUUUUCUGAUUCGUGUUUGUAUGUUCCUGUGGUGUGAUUCCAGAGAGUAAUUAUUAUUCCCUCUGAGGACAACAUUUUGAAAUUUACAGUAAUCUAGGAAACAUCUAAAGUCUUUAAAUGUGGAUUGUCCCAGGAUUUUAUUAAUUACUUGGCCAUGCAUUCUGUAAAUAUUCUCAGAGCAAAAAACAAGCCAGAUAAUGUCUUCAAAUAUUUUAGUAGUUAUAUUAAAGUGCAUAAAUGUUACGGGUAAGUCAUAAUAGAAGUUGGCAAAAGAAUGACAUGAAAUGGCAUUCUCUAAGCAUUGUGUUGAUCAGAAAUCUUUAGCUUGUUCUGAGGUUUCUGAAGAAAUAUGUAAAUACAUACAAAGAUUGUAUUUAAUUGAAAAGAGUAAUCCUUCCUUGUAAAUGUAUAUUGUCAUAUCUAAGUAUUGUAAAAACAAUCUCAUGUUUUUACAUCUGUUCUAGAAACUUGCAGUAAAAUUGAUCUGAGUUGGAUGCAAAUGCAGCAUGUGUACUUGCAUAAUAUUUAAUGUCUGCCUGGUGUUGCAAAUGAAGUAUUAUUAAAGUCUCUGUUCAUAAGCUGCAUGAAUUCUAGGAGAACCGUUUGCAUCAAAGAUGUUGAUAGCUGUGUUAGAAAAUCCUUAUAAUUUACAAAGUAACUUGUUUCUUUGUAAAAUGUAUAUUAGGAAUGUAUUUACAAUAUUCUUUUUUCUGAGGCUUUCA